AUGGAGGGCUCUGUGCUGAGCCCCACAUCCUGGGAGAGGCGACGGGCCUGGCUCCGACAGAGCCGGCACUGGCAGACCCAGGUCCUGGAAGAGGAGGCUGCCGCAGCCCUGCAGGGUGUCCCAGAUCCCGAGCCUUCUGGCCUGGAUGAUGUUUUCCAGGAAGGGAAUCCAAUCAACAAGAUUGAAGACUGGCUGCAGGAUUGUGGAUACUUUGAAGAAGGGUUUUUUGAGGAAGCAGGACAGCCGAUCCACAACGGGUGCCCCAGCCAUGGAACCAGCUUUGAAGAUGACUUGACCCUCGGAGCAGAAGCCACACUGUUGGCCGCCAACAGCAAACUCUUCUCCAGGAGCUUCCUGGAGACAGCCCGGCCUGGGCAGCUACUGGAUCUUGGCUGCAGUUUGGCUUCCAGUAGCAUGACUGGUGGGACCAACAAGACUAGUUCAAGCAUCUCAGAGAUUCUGGACAAGGUGCAAGAAGAUGCAGAAGAUGUCCUUUUCAGUCUGGGCUUUGGCCAGGAGGACCACAAAGACACUUCUCGAAUUCCUGCCCGAUUUUUCACCACUCCGUCUCAGGCCAAAGGCAUUGAUUUCCAGCUCUUCCUGAAGUCCCAGGUGCGGAGGAUUGAGAUGGAAGACCCGUGCCUCAUGCUGGCCAGCAGGUUUAAGCAAGUGCAAACACUGGCCGUCACCGCCGAUGCCUUCUUCUGUCUCUACUCCUACGUAUCUAAGACCCCUGUCCAAAAGUUCACACCAUCCCACAUGUUCUGGAAUUGCAACGCAACUGAUGUGCCAUCCAUCAAGAUUCUGGCCCCAGAACCUGAACCUCACUCACCCAGAGAGCGCCUCCGGAAAGCCAUCUCCAAAAUGUGCCUGUACACGUGCCCACGAGAUAGGCUGUCACCACCCGACCACACCCCCAAAAGGAACAGUUUAGACCAGGUGGUGUGGGAAGUGAUGGACAGAGUGCGAGGAGAGAAGUUGGUCCUCCAGCAAGACUCUGGGUUUGGACCAGUCCCACAGGGAGAUCCUGUGCCCCCCAUCAGGGGUACAAAGCUGCCCACUUCUUCCUGUCCAUGUGCCCUCUGCUUUAAAGAGGAAACACAGCAGGGGAUGUCCACAUUGCAAGAACCAUCAGAAACCCUGGAUUCUAACCCCUGUUGCACACAUUCUCUGCCCAGAGCAGAUCUGCAGUGGAGCACAGACCCUGCACAGGUAAAGAGACAGCUGUGGGGUCUACAAGCCACCAGUAAGGAAGCCCAUUCAGCCAAGGAUGAGACCUUCUGGAAAAGAAAGAGCAGAGCAAGAAAGAGUCUGUUUCAGAAGAAUCCCAUGGGCAGGAAGGUUAAAUCACUGGACCUGUCCACCAUCCAACAGAAAUGGAAACAGGGCCAAGAGAGAACAGAACUGCACCAAUCUCUAACCCAGCAGCUGCAGGACACUUUGGACUUGGAGGUGCAAAGCAACAGUGAGGAGGAAGAGAGCCACUGGCCCAGCAGAUCCAGAAGCCACCACCUCUACCAGACUUUUGCUGGCAAAGACUCAGGAAGCUUUUACCACCACCACAGCACGUGCUCUGACGGCAGCAGCUUCAUAGAAGAGCCUAACUCCCACCUCCUCUUGCAGGAGGCUGUAUGGCCUCCAGUAUCCAGCUCCUGCUCUCUGGCCCUACAAACUCCUAAUCUCAGUAGGAGAAAAGCAGCAUGGUACACCGGGCAGAAGACCAGAGUAAGAGACUUGGAAUCUCCAUCCUGAUGCUAUCAUGAACAGCAUGCACAGAGACAGACCUUAGGCAGUCACUUCAUUUCUCUUUGGUUUUUCUACUCUGUGGGUAUUAGAAUACAUGAUCUACAUGAUAGGGACAGUGGUAACCUGGACAAAUACUUAAUUUUCUCUCAAGCUUUGACACUGCCUAGGACAGUUAGAAGAUUUAAGGAUGAUCAAAUUUGAGGAACAAGGGUUGCUACUGGAAUACUCUCAAAGGGCUCAAGCUAAAUGAGGAAGCACAAAUCCCACUUUCAGGCCCUGAAACCUUGGUGCAGCCUACAGUAGGAUUCCCUCUGAGCCUCUGUUCAUCCCUCUGUGCUCCCAAUUAAAUCCCAGGAAGUCGUCCACCAUACAGGGUCCUGUUUUUCUUCUUGAGGCCUCAUCCAAGGAGAUACUCUUGGAGCCUCCCCACUAAAACCCUUU